AUGAGGGCCGCCCUGUCGCUUCUUGCCCUCGCGGCCUCGGCCCUGGCAGCCAACAUUCCCGCUCGCGGCCGGGCGCUCUUGGGGAGGACCAGGCCAAAGGAGGACUGCGAGACCAUCACGACUAAGGUCAUUGUGACUUACACCACCGUCUGCCCUGUCACGCAAACCCACACCAAGCCUGGCCACACUUACACCACCACUUACACCACCACCAGCACGGUUGAGACGGUUGUUCCCACCACCAUCGUUAUUACCAAGACGGGGCCUCCAGUGACCAAGUCGACCGGCGAGGUCGCCUACACGACACUCACCGAGCUAUGCCCUGUGACCGAGACCAAGGUUGUUGGCGGCUCAACAGUUGAGGUCACAUGGACCUCGACGUCGACUGUCGUGACCAAGGUUCGGCAGACCGAGACCAUCUACACGACCUCGGUGGCGACUGAGUACGAGACCACUGAUGUGUACACAACGGUUUCCUGCCCGGUGACCACCUACACCACCGUCAUCAAGGGUUCCACCGUCGAGAUGACCAAGACCGACACCAUCACCGUGACCAACACGGACGUGCACACCAUCACCGAUGUCGUCCCAGUAACCAUCACCAAGCAUGUGCCAGUGACCGUCCAAGUACCGGCCACCGCCCAGGAGACCGUCACGGGUUAUUCCACCGUCACCGUCGAGGCCAGCGAAACCGUCACCAUCUCUACGCCGCUGCCGCCCACUACCAUCAUUAUCCCGACGUCGGUGACGGUGUCCUCGCCUCCUGACUCCACCGCUCCGCCGGCGUCUUCUGACACCCCGCCGGAUUCUUCUUCGACUUCUUGCUCGGAUGACACGCCGCCUCCUUCUUCUACUUCCGACUCUGCUUCAUCGACGUCUUGCUCGGAUGACAUACCGCCUCCCUCUUCUACAUCCGAGUCUGCUUCAUCUACUUCUUGCUCGGAUGACGUGCCGCCUGCUUCUUCCGACACGCCACCGGCUACUUCAUCAUCUUCCGGCUCUGGUCCAUCGACUUCUUGCUCGGAUGACAUGCCGCCUCCCUCUUCCGCUCCUCCUCCUCCUCCUUCCACUACCUAUUCACCCCCUGCUUCCACCACUUGCUCAGACGACACGGAAAACCCAUCAGAGACUCCCGGCAUGCCGUCGAAGACCCCGGGUUCUCCCUCAGGGACUCCCUCAGGGACUCCCUCGACGCCGGUGUCGACGCCGACGCCGACCGAGACCCCCCCGCCGAUUGCGACGGCUGGCGCGGAUACCCUGCGCGGCAAGGGCUUGGCGCUGCUGGCGGGGUUGGUCGGUGCUGUUGUUCUCAUCUAA